GGUUGCUAUAUAACCGCGCUGACAACAAGCUUCUGCAAAGAGCUUUGGAGGAACUGCAUGCAGCGCAAUUAUUAGUAACAUUAGUAUCGACUAUGAAGGCAGUCAAUCCGGUGCGGUCCAUAAGGAAACCUGCUUUUCAUUUAUCGGAACAUAAUGUUGGCAUCUCACGGAGCAAGACCUCACUGGACGACCCCCUCAGUCUACUGUACAACAUGAAUGACUGCUACAGCAGGUUGAAAGAGCUCGUGCCGAGUUUACCGCAGAACAGGAGCGUGAGUAAAAUGGAGAUCCUGCAGCAUGUCAUAGAUUAUAUUUUGGAUCUACAGAUCACACUGGACCAGAACCCGCAACAACAGCUCCGGGUCGGACAGGGCACUCCAAAAAAGACGGCGAAAUCACUUGGUGCUGAUAUCAGCAUCAUCUCUUUACAGCCAAGUAACCCUCAAAGAGAGAUCAACUCAGAUGACCUCAUAGUCCUGUCUCGUUGAUAUGGUGUUUCGGUCAUGGAGCAAAAACAGGACCUUUUUGUGUUUUGUUUCCCGUGUCAUUCGCCUGGACUUCGUCUUGAAUGACAAGGAUCUCCCACAAAUGGACAUGAAAAGAUUCUGAGUCAACUACGGACUUUCCUAUUCUUUCUUCCAAAGGAAGAUUAAAAAAGACUUUAUAAUGUAAAUGAAAAGUGAGCAAGAAAUCUCGAAAAAGCAGGAUUUUUUGCUUGUGUUGUCAAAAUGCGCAAACGAAUU